AUGGCUAUGCUGCACUGUGCUGCAGCGCAAACGGUUUACGUGGUCGGAGACAGCUUGGGUUGGACGAUACCUUCAGGUGGUGCAGCGGCGUACACUACUUGGGCUUCUGGUAAAACGUUCAUGGUUGGUGAUACCCUAACCUUCAACUUCUUAACCAACCAACAUGAUGUCCUACAAGUACCAAAAGCACCCUACGAUGCCUGCAUUUCAGACAAUGCCAGUGGCAAUCCAAUCAUGACCGGACCAGCCAAUAUCACACUUAAUGCUGCUGGCGAUCAUUACUACAUUUGCACCUUCGGCGACCACUGCCAAAACGGUCAGAAGCUAGCCAUCACUGUCUCUGGUACUCCUGGGGCUUCCCCUCCUACUAUUGCAACUACUCCUCCGCCUCCGGCCACGCCUUCUCCGACCUCGCCUUCUCCAACCUCAAACACCCCUAGUGCUUGUCCUCCAACUCCAUCAUCGACUCCACCAACUGAUGGACCCACGGCAUCAACCACACCGGGCGGUGGAGCUUCCCCUCCUCCUCCAGAUUCUCCAUCAUCUGCUGUGCUUUCUAGUUUCUUCCUUAUGUUCUUGGCCUUUGCCAUGACCUUCUGCAUUUUGAUAGUAGAAGAGAGUGGAUAG